UAUCUCCAACGGACUCGUCGCUCAAGGCCCAGAAGUCCACACUCCUGAGCUGGCUGGCAGCAGAGUCUCCACUCUCUCUCUAGCCGCACCUUCGGCCUCAGCGCCGAUCCUCCCGAGCUCGCUCGGCUCUUUCCGCCCGACCUCGCGUUGUUCGCCGGGUCACGCCGCCACCACCUCCUUUGCCGCCAAGGCUCUCCGGACUCGGUAGGCUCCCCGCUGAUCGGUCGAUCGCUCUCUCACUAGCUCCUUAGCCUCCAGCUCCCGGUGAUAUCAUGCGUCAGGCCGACUCCCAGACGCAGCCCUCUCCCGCAGAGCAGGAGACGCCACAGCCUGCAGGGCCCUCCAACCGCUCGCCGCCCACCAUGGGCCCGCAGCAAACAGGUAGCAGGAAGCGGAAAGCCGCCGAGGUCGAUCAGGGCGCCGGGACUUCUUCAUCGCCAGGCCCCGCAGCUCCGAUGGCGACAGCUGGGGAGGGCAACGCAGAGGGGUCCAUGUUGCUGACCAAGAGGCCGCGGCGGCCCGUAGCUCACCUCUCCAUGGUGAACUACCUGAAGGGCCGAGCGCUGGGCGCAGAUGGCCACCCGGGGCUCGCUGGCUUCGAGGGAGAUCUGCGCAGUUAUGGGGUCCUCAGGCUGCCCGAGCUGCUGAGGGAGCGCCAGCUGACCCUAGGCCCCCUCAAUAAGGUGUUCGCAUCGCAGUGGCUCAAUGCCAGGCAGGUGGUGUGUGGCACCAAGUGCAACACGCUCUUCGUGGUUGAUGUCAAGACCGACCACAUCAUGCGCAUUCCUCUGAUGCGCGACAGGGUGCCCGACCUGUCUCGUGGCCCGCCCUCCUGUGGCAUUCAUGCUGUGGAGCUGAAUCCCUCCAAGACCCUCUUGGCAACUGGAGGUGAAAACCCCAAUAGCUUGGCAGUAUACCAGUUGCCCACUCUGGAUCCGGUGUGCCUAGGAGAUUGCCAAGGCCACAGGGACUGGAUCUUUGCCAUUGCCUGGAUGAGUGACACCGUGGCUGUGAGUGGCUCCCGCGACGGCACCGUGGCACUUUGGAAGGUGGAUCCUGACAUGUUCAAUGGCAGCAUUGCUUGGCACAAGGAUGCAGGACUACCUGUGUAUGCUCACAUCAGUCCUACAGAUAUGGAGGCCAUCCCCAAAGCCACUACCAAUCCAGGUAACCGCAAAGUGAGAGCCCUUGCCUUCAGCAACAAAAACCAGGAGCUGGGAGCUGUGUCCCUGGAUGGCUACUUCCACCUGUGGAAAGCCCGAAGCUCCCUGUCUCGGCUGCUAUCCCUGAGGCUGCCCUAUUGCCGUGAGAACGUGUGUCUCACCUACUGUGAUGAGUUUUCCCUCUACGCAGUGGGUUCUCAGUCUCACGUUUCAUUCCUGGAUCUUCGCCAAGGCCAGCAGAACAUCCCGCCACUGUGCUCCAGAGAGGGAGGCACCGGUGUGCGUUCUCUGAGUGUCCACCAGCAUAUCGUCACUGUGGGAACAGGCCACGGUUCUCUGCUCUUCUAUGACAUCCGUGCCCAGAAGUUCCUUGAGGAAAGAUCCGCGGCCAAUCCAGACAUGUUUCCUGUGCCCUCUGGAAGGAAGCUCAAGCUCACCUGUGGCAGUGGCUGGAUCAACCAGGAUGAUCUCCUAGAGAAUUAUGUUGCUGGUGUAGAAGAUUUCCCCAAUGCGCUCUACACUCACUGCUACAACUGGCCCGAGAUGAAGCUCUUCGUAGGCGGGGGACCACUGGCGUCAGGCCUCCAUGGCAACUACGCAGGCCUCUGGAGCUAAGGCGGACAAGAUUCCUUCUCAGAGUGGAACUGGCCCAGAGUAUCCAGUGCGCUUCUCAGAAGAAAGAAAGAGAUGGAACCCUCAGAAGUUGGCUUUGAGAGUUUUCUGGGCCUCCCUACCGUUCUUUGGACUUUUCAUGCAUAUACUUUCCACUAAUUCUUAGCUGUGUUGUUUUUGAGUGAGUGAUCCAUGUAGUCUAUUAUGGAAGAAAAUCCUGUUGAGAAGUUAAAAUUGUGUAAGUGUUGUGUUACUAUUAUUAGCAGUUUAGUUUUCAUCAUGUGUGAUGUAUUAAGGAUAUUUUCUAAUAAACAGAGUUUGGACAUUUGUUCAGGAACACUAAUCAUAGUUUUGUAGACUUGUUCCAGUGUUAAAAAAAGAAAAAGAAAAAAGAAAAAAAAAACAUUCCAUGUUCCAGUUUGCCUACUUUUGGAAAUGUGUCAUUCAUGAAUUGUGAUCAUGGUAUAUGUAUAUAAUUUGUAUGUUGUUGGUGCGAAACUCACUUUUCUAAAAAGUUUCUUAUGUGGAAAUAAUUGUCGUAGAAUCUCGUGUUUCUAUCAAAAAUCUCAGCUGACGAGGAUGGUUUAGGUAUUCAAGUAUUCUGCUCAUUUGAGUGUUGAAGAGUAAUCCAAAACUCAGUGUUUUUCUUUCAAGCCUUAUUUUCAUUUUUAGGCUCUGUCUUCAUACUGAUCAAAGAAUGCACUUGUUUUCACUUCUUGCCUUAGUACUAUCAAGACUUGUGGAUAUAUUUGAAUGCUGUCAUUUGAGUAAAUUUCACAGAGUUUCAGUGCCAUCAUUCGAUGCAGGGAUAUUAAGUACAUAAAUGUAGAAUGUAUGGCAGACAGGGCAGAAAAUAUACUGCUCUAAGGUAUAGACUGGAUAUUUUUGCUGUUGCUAUUUUAAUACCAAAUGUUAUAUUUGAGCAUAUUUUAAACUUUCAAAAUCUGCUUGUGAGUUAAAUUGAAAGAAAAAAAAUGUGCAAAGGAAGAAGUCUGAGCCUAUCCAGCUCACUGUGAGAGAAACUCCCCCUUUGGAAGCUCCAAAUGUUUAUUUUGUGAACUUGAAAGAUUCAUACUUCAAGUAGAAUAGAUCUGUUACUAAACCUCGGGUUCUAUGCCUUGAAAUGUGAUAAUAUGGGAUCUUGACAAUGCAGUAUAAUUUUCAAAUAGAGGAGCUGGGGAUUAAAAAGAUAGGUCUGAUUAAAGGACUGUGCAGUUCAGAUAAAGAGAGAUAAUGGGAUGCUGUGCAGAUAUAUUGGUUUUCUCCCUAGGUGAGAAGGCUGAAAAUGAGAAAGGAGCCAGGCCUUGCUUCAAGCUGGUUAGGAUGUGUUAACCCUGGAUUGGUAUUGGGUCAUGCUUCCUUUUUCUUAAACAUCAAACAUGUAUUUUGCAUUGGUGUUGAUACACUACAUGUUGUUCAGUCCUAAACCUAAAUUGUUGAAAGGAUCUAAAGGUGAGUCAAGAAUACACAAUGGUCAGAUUUUUGGUUUAUAAAGAUUAUGCAGGUCUAUUUCAUAGAAUUAUAAAGUUUUGCAACUAAUCUGUGCAUUUUCUUGCUUGCAUGUAUAUUUCUAUCUCUGCUGCAAAUGAUUUAAAAGCAGAGAUUGUAAACUGCCCUCUUUUCUUUAUUUGUAUACUAAGGCCGAACAAAGGCAAUCAGUGAUUAUUUGAUGAUUUUUCUUUUGCCAAUGGAAACCUGCACUACAAAUUGUAAUAAACAUUUGCUGUUGCAUAAUAAAGAACUUUGUUCUGUGUUC